UCAAGCAACCCGAGAAUGCCCGCCUCCUCCAGGCUCUGCGCGUACGCCACGUGCUCCCUCGCGGCAUCCCCCGUCCCCACCCCCCCUUCCCCACCCCUUCGCUGCCGCCUUCGCCGCCGCCACCGCCGACUCGCCUCCUCCAUGGGCCAGUCCACGAGCUCGCCCGCGGGCGGCGGCCGCAGCCGCGGCGACUCUCGGUGGCCGGCGCUCCGGCUCGAUCUAGGGUUGCCGCCCGGCCGCAAGCAGAGGCCGGCAGGCGAGAGGCUCGAUUUGGGGAGCCGGCUGCGCCGCGCGCUGUCGCGGCCGUCGCCCCAGAGCACGGAGGUGGAGAUUGAGGCCGAAGAGGAGGGGCGAGACGCUGGGAACCGCGUGGAGGUGGAGGCCGGCGGCGCGGACGCCGAUCACCUCGUCGUCAUGGUUAACGGCCUCUAUGGGAGUUCGGCGGAUUGGAAGUUUGCAGCAGAGCAGUUCGUGAAGAGGCUCCCGGGGAAAGUCUAUGUGCAUCGUAGUGAGUGCAAUCAUUCAAAGUUAACAUACGAUGGAGUUGAUAUAAUGGGCGAAAGACUGGCUGAAGAGGUACACCAAGUUGUCCAGAGAAAAGGAAAUUUGCGGAAAAUCUCUAUUGUUGCUCAUUCACUUGGUGGAUUGAUUUCAAGAUAUGCAAUUGGAAGACUCUAUGAAGAAUCAACAAGUGAAGAGCCAUGCCUUAAUAUGGAGAAGCAUUCUGACGAAGAAAAUAUAAGCGGAGGUGGUAAAAUAGCUGGCUUAGAACCAAUGAACUUCAUUGCGUCAGCUACACCACACCUGGGCUCAAGGUGGAAUAAACAACUGCCCUUCCUUUUUGGUGUUCCGCUUUUGGAACAAACCGCUGCAGAAACUGCGCAUCUUAUAGUUGGGAGAACGGGUAAACACUUGUUCCUCUCGGACAGGGACGAUGGGAAGCCUCCACUUCUUGUGCGGAUGGUUGAAGACUGCGAUGAUGGGAAAUUCAUGUCAGCUUUGCGCUCUUUUAAGCGCCGUGUUGCGUAUGCAAAUAUAACAUAUGACCAUAUAGUUGGUUGGAGCACAUCAUCGAUUCGGCGUCAACAUGAGUUACCGAAACUCGAGUUAGAAGCAAAUAAUGAAAAGUACCCGCAUGUUAUCCAUGUUGAUACUGCUAACUCAGAGGGCUCUCAGCAAGAGGAUUCUGUAGACACUUCACUCACGGAUAGCCUUGAAGAGGAGAUGAUCCGUGGCCUUACACAGGUGACCUGGGAACGGGUCGAUGUAUGCUUUCAUGAGAGCCGGCUAAAAUACAAUGCGCAUUACAAUAUCCAGGUCAGGACCCCAAUGAACCUGGAGGGAGAAGAUGUCAUCUACCAUAUGAUAGACAAUUUUCUAGUCUAGGCUGUGGCCAGUCUCACCUAUUCUUUCCAAUUGAUUCUACUGGAAAACUAAUUUAUCUUCUAUAUGGCGGCAUAACUCCAUUCAAGUUAGGUUAUCAAUUGAUCUCCUGGCAGGCCAACAUACAUGCGGGAGCAUACAUAAGUUCAGGUGAUCACAGCAUGUGACCGCCUGAAUUCAUUGUUACUAGUAUUGUAGACUUGGGUUGGGUCAUAAUACUGUAAAUAUUAGCCCAAUGGUGUAAAUUUUGUAGAGUUGAUUAGAAGCUUAUAUCUCCUGGAGAUCUGUGUUGUACAUUGGAAUCUGUAUAUUGGAACAAUGCUUGGUGCUACUAAAUGUUAUGAUAUCUUCUGUUA